AAAAAAAAUUAACUCAAAUAAGCUGCCCAUCACUCUCAAUUAUCAUCAUCAUCAAUAUUAUUUAAAUACUUUUUUCUCUGGUCAGUCAGUCUCACCUUAAUUAAUCACAAUAGUCAUCGUUUUCCCUUCUCUUAUCAAUAUAUGUAUAUAUAUAUAUAUAUAUAUCUUCAAACUUUCUUGAUCAGAUCUAGUUUCUUUCAUUAUUAGAUCGAUCAGCUUUUCUCGUCUCCAUAUAAAUACAUAUACAUAUCGUUAUAAUGGAGAGGAAAAGUUUGAACAACAACAAAAGGAUGAAAGAUAGGAGUAGUAAUGCCGGAUCAUCCCUUGAUCACACAAUCAGAUCAUCAGAUCCAAAACACAGCCACAACCACACGAUGAUGAUCAAGAACAUUAAGCCGAAAGUUACAGAUAUUCAUCACUACAGUAGCUCCUCGCCAUCGUGGAAACUCAACAACUAUAAUCAAGAAGAAGAAGAAGAAGAAGAAGACGGUGAAGAUAAAGAUAAAGAUAAUGAUGAUGAUGAUGAUGAGGAAGAAGAAGAGAACUAUAACAUGAUGAAUGGUUUUUCAUGGCCUCCAAGAUCUUACACAUGUAGCUUCUGCAAAAGGGAAUUCAGAUCCGCUCAAGCUCUUGGCGGCCACAUGAACGUUCACAGGAAAGACCGGGCUAGGCUCAGACAGUCUCCUCCAAUAAGUACUGGUCAGUAUAGUAUCAUGACUGCAACUCUUCCUCCUACUGCUAAUACUACUACUACUGCCAUGUUUAUAAGUCACAACCCUAACACUAACCCUAACCCUAGCCCUAAUCCAACCUUUUCUUCAUCAUCAACUAUUUCAAGCAUGGUCAGCAGUAGGCUCCCACCGUUGAUUCCUUAUAACACUGCAUCUAUUAAUUCAUCCUUGUGUUAUUCACCCUAUAAGUCUUUUGGUGCUGCUAAUGAUCCAAAAUCCAACAAGUGGAAGCAGCCAUUAUUGGCUCAUUACGAUCAUGCUGGUCAGUAUCCUCAUCAUCUUAUCUUGGCUGCUACCAAAGGCUCGUCAUCAGAUUUAGCGAAAAUGAUGGACAACAAAGAGUCUGUUCAUGGGGAUUACGUCAGAUCAUCUUCAUCAUCAUCAGGAAUAAUAAAUGAAUGUUUUGUUGAGAAAAACAUGAUUAUGUUCUAUAAUAAUAAUAAUAAUAAUAACAAUUUGAAGAAGCAGCAGCAGGUGCAGGUGGAGACCACUGCUAAUAGUACUAGUAGUAGUACUACUGUGAGACUGGACUUGGAGAUUGGUGUUCUUGGUGAUCAUCAUCAGCCACCAAUAAAAAUAGGCAGCAACAACAACUUGGACUUGGAGCUUCGAUUGGGCUACUACUGAUCUUAAUUACCUAUAAUAAAUUAUAUUAUCAUUAUCUUAAUUAACUAUAUAAUAUAUUUAUAGUUGCAAGGGAAGGAGUAUGGUUAGUUUUUCUUUUUAUUACCUAAGCGGCCGGGGUACAAUAUAUAGUCAAGUUAUAUAUAUUUAUAUAAAAUAUAUAUAUACGCAAACCCUGAGCAAGAGAUUAUGCUUCUGAUAUUGAAAUCUACUUAUGUACGUAAUUGUUUAUUAGUCUUUAUA